AUGGCGACGCCGACGUUGGCAUCAACGCCCACUUCGGCCCAGGUUCUCCUCGAAGGCUGGGCCGAGAAGCAGGGCAAGAUCCGCAAGCAGUUUCGGCGCCGCUUCUGGCAGUUGAAGGGCGAUGGCCAGUUUGUCUACUACGUCGACCCACAGAUUCAACGUUCGCGUGGUGUCAUUACCAUCGCCGACCCCGACAUUCAGAUCCUCGCCGGCCAGCAGCUCCAGCUACACAGUGAGGAGCCAGCCUGGGCCGGGCAUUGGCGUAAAUCGACCACCACAACAUGGGGCCAGCGCCUUGCCAUCCGCACCCCGCGACGCUGCUACUUUCUUGGUUUUGAAACGGCAGGCCAAUGCUCUCUCUGGGCCGACAAGCUCCGGGAAGCCGUGGCCUUUUUCAACCGUACCGGCAUCACCGCGCGCGAAGCCCAUCGCCGCUCCCAGCUUCCAGGCUUCCUCACCGACGUUGCCCGGGCUGAAUUCCUCUCUCGCCAGUACCACGAGGUCAUCGUCAUUGGCGCCGGCGUCGCCGGUUUGGCUGCUGCCUGGCAUCUGCGCAAUUCACAUCGAGUAGAAGAUGUUUUGGUGCUGGAAGCCAGCGACCGGGCUGGGGGCCGCGUUCGAGAAAUCGAGCUCCCUUCUCUCCCCGGAGAAACUUUUGACGCUGGUGCCAGCUGGAUUCACGGCACGGUAGGAAAUCCCAUUGCAGACUUGGCCAAUUCUAUCAACAUGGAAAAAGUCGUGUCCACCGAAGGCUUGCAGCAACAAGAUGUCUCCCUGGCUCUCUUUGACCAAGGUGAGGCCAUCGAACCCGAGGACCUGCAGCGCGCUCACGCUUGUCACAAGGCUGUCAUGGAGGGUCUUGAAGAAGACAUUGAAGGUCUGGUCGAAGCCUUUGAAGAUCGAGGCGAAGAACUCCCUCCUGAUCAGCCGAUGAGUGAAGCGUAUGCACGCGAGCUGCAUAAGCGUCGCUACUACAAAAAGGCCGACGAUCGCCAAAAACGCCUUCUUGGUUACCUUCGCUCACGAGACGAGGAGUUCAAUGCCGCUCCCUUUUCCACCCUGAGCUACAAUCAUUUCCUUGAAGAUGAGGACCCGCCAGGACCUCAGUACGUGACGCGUCGCAUGUGUGAUUUGAUUGAUCACAUGUUGGAAACGGUCAACGUUGCUUACGAAACUGAGGUCGUCAAAGUUACCCACAGCUUUCAAGAUGGCCACCAAGUGUCCUUCUCCAGUCACGCCUCCAUGUCCGUGCCCCUGGAGGAUGCCGUCUACCAGGUGACCACGGCCAACGGUGCUCGCUACUAUGCCCGUACCGUCGUUGUCGCCGUCCCGCUUCCGGUUUUGCAGCAGGAGCGGAUCGAGUUUGUGCCCCCCUUGCCAGCGAAGAAACAAGAAUCCAUUCAACGGAUAGGCUUUGGAACCCUUGACAAAGUGUUUCUUCACUUUGAGCGACCUUUUUGGGACGAAGACCCAGUUCCAGAACAUGCACGUGACUGCGAAUACAUUGCCAGCGUCGAUGUCGCCAAUGCCGCUGACUUGCACCUCUGCUUGGGCAAAGCCAAGCAGCGUUUAUUCACUUUACACAUUCCGCAGAGCAUGCCGCUGCACUUUCUCAACUACCACCGCUGGUUCAAGCUGCCCGUCCUGACAGCCAUGAUUUACGGCGAGAUGGCCGAACGACUGGAGGGAGUGUCUGAGAAGGAGCUAGAGGAGCGCCUUGUAGGCUCACUAAGGCGCAUGUAUCCGACCGUGGCUCCCGAGUUGUUGCAGCCCAAAAGCGUGGUGGCAACGCGAUGGCAUCGGUCUCCCAUUCAAGGUUCUUUCAGCGUGAUGCGCCUCGGUGCCUCCGGUCAGGACAUGGACAACUAUGCCGAGCCGCUUUUGGAUGAUGCCAACUCGGGUGGUUUGUUCUUUGCUGGCGAAGCAACGGACAAGGACCAUUAUGCCACGGUGCAUGGGGCUUUUCGCAGCGGCCGUUCAGCGGCGGAACGUGUGGUGGCUGCCAUUCUGCACACGACUGUCAAUGCUGCCAAGGAGCCACUUAUCAACGAUGUCUUUGCCAUUGAAAAACAGAUUGCGCUGGAUCACACCAAGCUAGAGGAAGCUGCCAAGCAGCGGUCGAGUCUGGAGGCCAGCUAAGGCGCUUGUUGAGCGAAAAAUCAAAGUGUAAACUCUUGA